CAUUAAAUUCAAUGGAGGCCAGCUGGACUUACUUCCGAGAAAAGAUACCUGAGGCCCCGGGGAGGGGGGAGAAAGAGGACGGAUCAGUGGCGUUUUUGUUCCCAGAGGAGCAAACAGAAGAUAUCUCCGCUGCCCUCCCCUUUCUUUCUUUCUUUCUUUCUUUCUUUCUUUCUUUCUUUCUUUGUCGGUGCACGUAGCUCCCGGAGGGUGAGCAGCAGAAGCGGCAGCGGCGGCUCUCUCCGCCCACCAAGGGGAGCCUCUGUGCAGCCCAGCCAGACAAGGCGGCAACAGCGGCCUCUCCGGCUGAUGUCAUCCGCAGCUUGCGAGGCUGUGCCUGCGCGAUCGGCCGAGAGGGGGAACCGAACGGCCAGUUUAGCUGGCAAGCCCGCCUCAGCAGCAAGAAGCGGCUUGGGGUUUCUUAGUCGGGUGGUCGGUGCGUGGGGGAAGAUGUAAGAAGCUGGAGCAGGAUCUUCCUCCCGCGCUGUGGCUCUGGCUCUGCCCCCCCUUCUCCUCUUCCCCUUCCCGAGCUUUUACGAGAUCCCAGGAAAGGGCGCUUGGGCUCCUCUAACACAGGCGAACCCAUCGACGGUGGGGAAAGCCAGAAGAGAGGGAGAGCUGCCGCCGCUGCCGCCGCCGCCGCCGCCGCCGCGCUUGGAGAGGAUGCGCGCUCCGUCGAAGCCAGCGGCGCCUCUCCUCCCUGCUACGGGGCUCCAUUCCUCGGGGAAGAGCAGUCAUCAGCCGCCCAAGUGACCGCAGCUGGAGAGAGCGGUGGGGAAGGCGAAGCGCCCUCUAGACGCCGCGCGGGAGUCCCAGCAGCGACAGCUUUGCUCCAGCCUAACAAAAGCCGGCUCUUGGGGGGCUAGAGACAAGUUGAGAGCCUUCUCCAUCUCGUCGCCGCUGCCGUACCAGAGGGGUGCCUCUCCCCUUUCCCCGCUGCCUAUUGCGGCCGAGCUGCCCCAGGAGGGGACGCGCGGGGGGCAGGUUGGCUGCGACGGGAUUGCCUCAUGAUGCAGAAAUGGGAUGGAAUGGAUUUAGGAGUGAACCCAUGCAGAAGUGUUACAGGCCAGAAACGGAGAUGGAGAAAUCAUUCGAAUAAAAUCUGCUGAGUCCCUGAGUAACUGGACAUUCCAUGCCACUAGUCCAGCUAAAUCAGUCGGCAUUUGAGGCUUCACUGAUGCCAGCACAAUACAAACAGAUCAGAUGCGGGGGAAGGGGGAGAGAAUCCCUUGGUGAAUGUUAAUUACAUUAGUAAACCAACAUGGACUUAAAGAGAAGGUCAGAAUGAGUGAAGGUUUCUUGCUUCAUGCUAGACAGACAGACAGAUAUCACACACCUGAAAUUCCUUGUUGGAUAUACCCUGUCAGCAGCUUGUGGAUCUUCUUUGUAAAGCUGGGCCUUCUUCAUGGUCAUGAACACCUCCAGAACAUUCACUUUUUUUACACCCAGAAGUCAUGAGCGGUUCUCGGUGUUCAGCAUCCCAAGGGAAUUGGCUCUCUUCCCCAGGAUCUCAGCGCUUCUAGUGGACCUUGGUUUGCAUUGGCCUAAUUCAGCAUCAGGUGGAGAGGACUGUCCAGAAACUCCAUUCAGGAUCCUGGGAUUCUGCAAAGGUUUCUUCACUAUACAGAAGGCCCUUGGCAGAUUUCUGUCACUGGUUUGAGAGUUACAUCCCAAGACAUGUUUCCAUGGUGAGCUGAGGUGGUUUUCUGGAUUGGCUGCAGAUGAACCUCCCAAAGAGUGCAUGACUGGAAAGGAGAAGGGAGGAUAACCCCCACUGCACCUCCAGAAGCCAAUCAGCCUGCAUCCUGACACCAUCUUACUUGGGUGAAAGAUAGGAUGGUGGCGGGCGAGUUGAGCAUGUAUAGCCCAAUCCUGGCCUGCUGGCAGCCCAUUCUCAUCUUGAUGCUGGGAUCCAUCCUCUCAGGCUCUGCUACGGGCUGCCCACCCCGCUGUGACUGUUCUGCCCAGGAACGCUCAGUGCUGUGUCACCGGAAGCGAUACCUGAGCGUCCCUGAGGGCAUCCCCACUGAGACAAAGCUCCUGGACCUGGGAAAGAACCGCAUCAAGACUCUCAACCAGGAUGAAUUUGCCAAUUUUCCUCACUUGGAGGAGUUGGAGUUAAAUGAGAACAUUAUCACUAUCAUUGAGCCGGGGGCUUUCAAUAACCUUUUCAACCUCAGGACUCUGGGUCUCAGGAGCAACCGGCUCAAACUCAUCCCCCUUGGGGUGUUCACUGGACUCAGCAAUCUUACCAAGUUGGACAUUAGUGAGAACAAAAUUGUGAUCCUCCUGGAUUAUAUGUUCCAGGACUUGUACAACCUCAAGUCUUUGGAGGUUGGUGACAAUGACUUGGUCUAUAUCUCUCACCGGGCCUUUAGUGGCCUUAACAGCUUAGAGCAGCUGACUUUGGAAAAAUGCAACUUGACGUCCAUCCCCACAGAAGCACUCUCUCACUUGCACGGUUUGAUUGUGCUGCGGUUGCGCCACCUGAACAUCAAUGCCAUCAGGGAUUACUCAUUCAAGAGGCUCUACAGACUAAAGGUCCUUGAAAUUUCACAUUGGCCCUAUCUAGAUACCAUGACAUCCAAUUGCCUGUAUGGGCUCAACUUGACAUCCUUGUCCAUCACCCACUGCAAUCUGACUUCCAUCCCUUAUGUUUCCUUGAGGCACUUGGUUUAUCUCAGGUUCCUGAACCUGUCCUACAACCCCAUUGUCACAAUUGAAGGUUCCAUGCUUCAUGAUCUACUCAGGCUUCAGGAGAUACAACUGGUUGGUGGCCAGCUCACCAUGGUGGAACCGUAUGCUUUUCGGGGCCUGAACUAUUUGCGCAUCUUGAAUGUUUCGGGGAACCUCCUAAAUACCUUGGAAGAGUCAGCCUUCCACUCUGUGGGGAACCUGGAGACGCUUAUCAUAGAUAACAAUCCUUUGGCCUGUGACUGCCGGCUUCUCUGGAUUUUCCGCCGUCGCUGGAGGCUAAAUUUCAACAAGCGGCAGCCUGCCUGUGCAACUCCUGAAUUUGUCCAGGGAAAAGAGUUCAAGGACUUCUCUGAGGCGCUCCUCCCCAACUACUUCAUCUGCCGCCGGUCCAGGAUAAGGGACCGCAAACCCCAACAGAUUUUUGUGGAUGAGGGCCACACGGUACAGUUCAUCUGCCGUGCGGAUGGAGACCCACCUCCCACCAUCAUGUGGCUCUCGCCAAGGAAGCACCUCAUCUCUACCAAAACCAAUGGGAGGCUCACCGUCUUCCCUGAUGGUACUCUGGAGGUGCGCUAUGCCCAGAUCCAGGACAAUGGCACCUACCUAUGCAUUGCCAGCAAUGCCGGCGGCAACGAUACCAUGCUGGCACACCUGCACGUCCGCAGCUACUCCCCAGACUGGCCCCACCAACCCAACAAGACCUUUGCUUUCAUCUCCAACCAGCCCAAUGAGAGUGACGCCAACAGCACGCGCGCCACUGUGCCUUUCCCCUUUGACAUCAAGACCCUGAUCAUUGCCACCACAAUGGGGUUCAUCUCCUUCCUGGGGGUAGUGCUCUUCUGCCUAGUUCUCCUCUUCCUCUGGAGCAGGGGCAAAGGCAACACCAAGCACAACAUUGAAAUUGAGUAUGUCCCGCGCAAAUCCGAUGCAGGCAUCAGUGCUGCCGCUGAUGCACCGCGCAAGUUCAACAUGAAAAUGAUCUGAGGAGAGGGGGAAAACAAUCAAUAAACUCAAUAAUGAGGGGUGUUUUUAAAAAAAUAAUAAAGAGAAACAGCGCAACAAACAUACCAACAUCUCUUCUCUCCACCCAGCUCCCCUCCCUCCCUCCUUCUGCCCCCCAGAAUCCUGCAUCACUUCCUCCUCGACCUCUUUGUGAAAAUGUUCUGCUGAUGUCUCCAGAACUUCCCGUGUUUGUAGGACAUAUUCUGACAGACUCCGGUGUCAAUCCUAACAAUGACAGGAAAUUUAACAAAAAUUCAAAACAGCAAUCAAUAAUUUUUAAAAAAGUUACGAACUUCCUCUGUAACUUUUGAUUUCAAUAAUUAAUGGAUUUUUAUGAAAACUUGAAAUAAUAAAAAAACAUAUUUCCUAUA